GAAGUGCGGCAUCGGAAACGCUUCACGAGAGAAAGGCGGACCUCCUCUACUGUCUUUUCUUUGAAACUUUAUUUUUUAACAAUUGCCUGCACUCUAUAAGUACCAGUUGUUCAAUUUAGAAAAUUAUUUAAUUAAUGUAACGCUGCAAAUUUUAUAGACGUCUUUCCCUUUACUACUGAGAGAUCUGUCAAGCAUUGCUUGCCCUGAGAGAAGUUUGACAGCUGCCUUUUUCAACAGGGAAGCCGCAGUGAACUGUUGAACACAAGAAAAUGGGGGAUAAAGAAUUGAUGUGGGCCUUGAAAAAUGGAGACCUGGACGAGGUUAAGACCCUAAUGAAGGAUGAGGAUGUGAACAGGACCCUGGAGGGUGGCAGGAAGCCCCUGCACUAUGCUGCUGACUGUGGCCAGGCUGAGAUGCUGGAGUUCCUCCUCUCCAAGGGAGCAGAUGUCAACGCCCCAGACAAACAUGGUAUCACUCCGCUGCUCUCUGCCACGUAUGAGGGUCACCUCACCUGUGUCAAGAUCCUGCUAGAAAAGGUAACGCCACACACGCGUGCACAGAGCUGUCUUUACACUCGUCAGAGCCAUUUCUGUGUUGGAAGUUCUGUGUGAUGUGUAACUGCUGAG